AUGAGGAUCUUACCUAGUCACAUGGCCUGCUGCCUCUGCCAAGUUAAAAGUACCACUGAAGUUGUCUGCAAGACAGUCAAACUGCAUUGUGACAGUGGCUAUCUGAUGAACGCCACACAAUGCAGUGAAGAAGCAGCUCUCGGGGCUGCAGAAGGAACGUUCGUGAAGGCCCUUCGAGCUCGGAAGAAGAACACCAUCACUGAGCUAACUAUUGAACCAGAGAAAGCAGCCUCAGAAAAAAGUGUUGUCAGUUUGUCAGAUGUCCUGAAUGAGCCGCUGGAAAUUAAUCAGAGUGAUGUAAUAAGUGCACUCAAUUACAUACUGCCGUACUUCUCGGAGGGAAAUCUACAGGACACAGAAUCAACAAUAUUACCAUUCAUUAAGCUGCACACGGUAGACAGAGUCCUCAAGAGGCCAAGGGGCAUGAAGAAACGGCACUUCAAUGAAAUGGAAGAUAAGAACAUCAAGAGGAAACAGGGGCCCAAGCCCUUUAUGCAUAACACCCCCAAAGCAAGAAGGCCCAGGAGGCUAGCCCUAAAGGAGGUGGCACAACUCCACAAGGUGCAGAGACCAAGGAAGUUGGGCGAAACCUCCUUUGACACAGAGCCUUCGUUCAUCAAGGACCAUAAAGGAGCAGUCUCUUCUUUACUGAAACAGUACUCGAUGGGCAGGCCACCUACCUCCCUUCCUUCAAAGGCCCUACCUGAGAUUAAAAAACAAUCGAAAGGCUUGACCUAUACAAUUUUUGUUUUAGAAGAUGCAAAUGCUAGAGUUAAAAAUAUGGAGGCUCAUAAAAAAACUAUCCAUUCUGGAAAAAAAUACAACUUUUAUAAAUCUCCUUUCCCUGUGGAGGGUGGCUUUUUCUGGAGAAAGCGGCCACUUUGGCUGAGGGAUAUGUAUAAGCCUCUCAAUGCCACCCGCAAGAAAAACAUGGCACAGAAGCUACACGACAAGGAUUCUUCUGACGAAGAUGCGAUUUUCAACAAGGAUCCUACAGAGUCAGCCACAGAGGCCGGUGAGGAAAGUGAAGCGCCUGAGGACAGGAGCGAAGUGUGA